AUGCAUAUAUGGCUGCAGAACACUUCUAAUAGCGAAGGAACAUACCGGUAUCCUCUCUUUGCUGACUAGCCACUGCAAUAGUGAGAAACUACAACUCCCUACAGCCUCCUCGGCAUCAUCCAUGCGCCGCAGUCAAUCAGCUGUUGAGGCAACUGCUGACUAUCUCGGCACAAGGGUAGCUCGUUUGUCAUAUCUAAACCCAGACGAGGCAAACAGAAAUAUCUUUAUUUACAGAGUCCCCACAAGGUGAACGAUAAAGCUCAGCAAACCAUGCAGGAUGAUUUACUGAUGGACAAAAACAAAGCCCAGCCUCAUCAUCAGCAAGAUCCGACGCAAGCAGACCCUCCUCCCUCCACCCCGACCCCGUCAUCGGAACCCACUUCUUCUUCAUCGGAGUCGGAGAGCCCGUCAGCCGGGAGCAACCAAGCGGCUUCAGCGCUGAACAGCAGCAGCAAGGACAAAGUGCCGAUGGAGUCGCCGAUCCUGCCCGGGUUGAGCUUCCACCACCAGCCGCAGGAGACCAGCGGUCCCCUGUCCUCCCCUUCCUCUUCGUUUGGGAGCACUUGGUCCACGGGGUCCACAAACGCCGUGGACGAUAGCUUUUUCCAGGGAAUACCCUCGGUGAACGGGACGAUGCUUUUCCAGAACUUCCCCCACCACGUCAACCCGGUCUUCGGGGGUAAUUUCUCCCCGCAGAUGGGUCUGGCUCCCCAGUCCCAACAGCAUCAACAGCAAGCCCAGCAGCAGCAGCAGCAGCAGCAGCAGCAGAGGAGAUCCCCUGUCAGCCCUAACCAAGGCCCCUUCCCCCAGAGAAACGCUUAUCAGACCAUCAUGAAUAACAGCAAGGGGUCGUCGUCGUCUUCUUCUGCCCCGUCGUCCGCUUGGAAUAAUCACCAAAACGCCGCAUGGAACACAGCCUCCAACCCCUGGAGCGGGCUGCAAGCAGGCAGGGACCCGCGCAGAGCGGUGGGCGUCGGGGUCGGAGUCGGCGUCGGGGUGCCGUCCCCCCUGAACCCUAUCUCCCCAAUGAAAAAGCCCUAUAGCAGCAAUGUUAUAGCACCCCCUAAAUUCCCAAGACCUGGUCCCCUCACCCCCAAGCCGUGGAUGGAGGACAGCGCCUUCAGGACUGACAACAGCAACAACAUACUGCCUUUCCAGGACCGGAAUCGGCCCUUUGAUGCUUUUAGCUUGCACUCUUUGGAGAAUUCCUUAAUGGAUAUGAUAAGGACUGACCAUGACAAAGGUAAACCACACCCUGCCGGUGGCCCACCAAUGACUAUCGCUGAUAUUAUAUGGAGGAAUCAUUUUGCAGGACGUAUGGGUCUCAACUUUCAUCAUCCUGGAGCAGACCAUAUAAUGCCAUUGAAUACCCGGAGCUAUGGCCGCAGAAGAGGUCGCUCCUGUCUGUUUCCCUUUGAAGAUGGUUUCCUCGACGAUGGCCAUGGCGACCCCUCCUUGACCCCUGGCCUGAACUCGCCAACCCGCUGUCAGAACGGAGAGAGGAUGGAGCGCUACUCCAGGAAGGUCUUUGUCGGAGGCCUCCCCCCUGACAUAGAUGAAGAUGAAAUCACCAACAGUUUCCGUCGCUAUGGGCACCUGGUGGUAGACUGGCCCCACAAAGCUGAGAGCAAAUCCUACUUCCCACCGAAAGGCUACGCCUUCUUGCUCUUCCAGGAAGAGACUUCUGUUCAGGCCUUGAUCGACGCCUGCAUCGAGGAGGAUGGCAAGCUCUACCUGUGUGUAUCCAGUCCCACCAUCAAAGACAAACCGGUCCAGAUCCGUCCCUGGAAUCUGAGCGACAGUGACUUUGUCAUGGACGGCUCCCAGCCUCUGGACCCCCGCAAGACCAUCUUCGUAGGUGGGGUGCCGCGGCCCCUGCGUGCAGUGGAGCUGGCUAUGAUCAUGGACCGGCUGUACGGAGGUGUUUGCUACGCGGGCAUCGACACUGACCCAGAGCUCAAAUACCCAAAGGGAGCCGGCCGCGUGGCUUUCUCCAAUCAGCAAAGUUACAUUGCUGCCAUCAGCGCUCGCUUCGUUCAGCUGCAGCACAAUGACAUCGACAAAAGGGUGGAGGUGAAGCCGUACGUCCUGGAUGACCAGAUGUGUGAUGAGUGCCAGGGGGCACGCUGCGGGGGGAAGUUUGCCCCCUUCUUCUGUGCCAACGUCACAUGCCUGCAGUACUACUGCGAGUACUGCUGGGCCAGCAUCCACUCGCGAGCCGGCCGAGAGUUUCACAAGCCACUGGUGAAGGAGGGGGGCGACCGACCUCGACACGUGUCCUUCCGCUGGAGCUGAGGGGGGGUCACGAGUCAGCCCUGCCCCUGGUGAACCCACACUCGACCCCUAAAAACCUCCUGCACCCCUCCUACCUUACAGGCCGGGACAGUGCUGCAACACUCCCCCCCCCCACACACACACACACCCACACACACCCCCACACACAGCCCCACCUACUCCACCCUGCUCCCCACAAACACCUCAUGAAAAAAGCAAAAAGGAUACCGUCAAAUACACGGGACUUUCCUCAUACCAUACUGAACUCAUUGUCUGGUGUUCCCCUCUGAUGAAGCAUUGCGGGGAAAUGAAAUGCGAAAGUCUAUCAACAAUUUGCACUUUGGCACAAAAUCCCACUAUACACACACAGGAUGGUAUAUUAGACACCUGGCUAUUUUCAGUUCCCCAUUCUAUUCACUAAAUGGUGUGGUACGUCCUGUUGGACCCCCCCUUACUGAGACAGAGGUGGGACCAUACAAAUAUUUAAAAAGUAUAUAUUUUUUUGUUUUGUACCUAUCUAUACAUAUAUAGAUAAUUAAAAUUUUAUGUAAAAUGAGCAUGCACUUAUUUUCAAAAGCUGUAGUUAUAUUGCCCCUAGGAAAAAAUCAUUACCAAAGGCAAAUUAAUGCAUACAGAAAAGCUAAAUAGGUGGCAUAAGAUGUAGCAAGAUUUAACAACUAUCCAGUAGUGUGGGCCCUUAUUGCCCCGAGAAAAAGUAACAUGGCUAUAUUUGCUCUCAAUUUUGACUCUGAAUAUUAAUACCUCAUAUGCGCAAUCAGAUUAGUUUGCUUUCGAAUUCUAGGUCUUUAUUUUUAUAAUAACAUUAUUUUUUAGUGUUAUAUAAAUGUACUGCUGCAAUAGCUUUGCUGCUAAAUCCAUGGUAUAAACAGAUACCAUAAGUACUUUAUUGAGGCUAGGGUAUAAAAUAAUAAAUAACAGAUCUAGAGAAGCACCUGGUGUUGUAGAAUGACGAGCUAUCAUAGGGGGAGGGGGCGCCCCUAGACAAUGAUGGCUACCUUUGUGGGGGUCGGGGUGGGUUGCCCCUAACUGCAUGUUUAUUUCAAUCAGGUUGCUGCAUGUAAUAGACUUUUCAGUAUCAUGUCUACUAUUCGAUUCUGCCCAUGUUUGCACAACACACUAUAGACGUACGUUCGACUCGCACGAAACUGGACAGAAACAUGGAAGACCGGUCAAAGUAGUCAUGGCGGCGUGUCGGGGCUCGCAAGCCAUGCCACAGGGCGGCCAGAGCAGAUGGUUCCAAGACACAUCCAAGCGACAGGGGGAAAAAAAAAAACAACCUUAAUAAUCACAAAUCAAAUUAAAUGUAGGAUUACCAUUUAAAACUGUCUAUGAUAGGUGAAGUACUUUUUUGCAGUGAUUGUUGAUAUAAUUGUGCAAUUUUUUAUACCGUAUGUAGUUAGGUCUGAGUAUGCCUAGAACUGUGAUUCGCUUUAACUGUCGUUAAUGUCCGACAUAGAAGUCCUGUGAAACUUCAUAACUAGUGUAUGCACACGUAUAUAUGUUCUCUUGUACACACACUUGCACCAGUAUACACAGAAGCCUCUCGACACACACGAACACACACACAGACGGCUGUCUUUCUUACGCACACAAACAGGCCUACAAACACAGAGGCUGAUCUGAAGAGAAGACGCAACAAUGUGAGUUUAAACUGAGGACUGAGGUCUUUCUUUUAUUCUUUUUCUUUUUUUUUUUUGUCCCACCGUUGACGAACGCGCACGUUUACGUCCCAGAAUGCAACCAAAGAGCUCACGUGUUCGACUUUUAACAAGACCACCUAACAACCUGCAGAUGAGGCUCCUGCAGAGGAGCUGAAGUGCAGUUGAUUAGAUGAGGAAAGAGGGCAGUUUGGAAGAAGAAUCGGGGGUGGAGAUGGGAUAAAAAUAAAACAUUGAAGCUACUGGAGACUUGAGGUUGAGAAACUGAGCUCUGCACAUGCUCUAACUACAUGAGUGGGGUGGGUGGGAAUAACAUUGCCCCAGAAGAUGCAGAUGUGCAAGCUGGGGCUACCAUAUUUAUCCAGAUUUUUUUUUCCUGCAAAGCUUGAAGUAAUGGACCUGCUAAAAAAAUGGUGGACAUGUAUAUCUUUUAGUUUUUUUUCAAAAGGUUAUAGUGCGCAGUUCAAACAGGACUGGGGAAGGGGGAAGGUGUUUGGUAGUUGCAAUGCACAA